GGGACUCCUGGGUCUGAGGGAGGAGGAAGCUGGGGACCUGGACUCCUGGGUCCAAAGGAGGAGGGAGUCGAGGGCCUGGGGCUGGGGACCUGGCCCUGGAUCUGAAGGAAGAGGGAGCUGGGGGCCUGGACUCCUGGGUUCUGGGGGAGCAUGACCUUAGGUCCCCCACUCUUAUCGGGAUUUGGGUCCCCCGGCGAGGCCCUCGCUUACCUGUGUACUUUCCCUUGUCGUCUUCUGUCUGCACUGGUCUCAGGGCCGGGGCCAAAGUUCCCUGGGGUGGGAGGUGCCUGCGUUUGACUUUGCCCAGCAUGGAGGAGGGAAUGGGAGCUGAUUCAGCUCUUUCUAGGGGUGGCCCUCGUAGGGGCAGGGAGGGACUUGGCCUCCUUCAGGAGCCCCUCCUGCUACCCGCUGGUCAGGGCAGAGGAAGACUUGGCCAGGCCACACGGCCCGUUAGAGAGCCCCGGGCCUGGAAAGAACGGGUUUGGGCCCGAAAACUUCUCACUGCCCCUUGGCUUCUGGGUGGCCCCAGAAGAUAUGCCUCCUCCAGCUUCAAGGCUGCGGACCUGCAGCUGGAAAUGACACAGAAGCCUCAUAAGAAGCCUGACCCCAACGAGACCCUGGUGUUCGGGAAGACCUUCACCGACCACAUGCUGAUGGUGGAAUGGACCGAGGAGAAGGGCUGGAACCAUCCCAGAAUCCAGCCCUUCCAGAACCUCACGCUGCACCCGGCCUGCUCCGCUCUCCACUACUCGCUGCAGGUGGCUAGGCAGCCGGCCUCUGUCCCCGUCUCGCUCUCUCAUCUCUUCCCUCCUGCUGUGUCUGUUGCCGGGUCCACCUCCCUGGGUCUGCUUCUUGUAUCCUCUUUCCGUGUCUCCAUCAUCUGUUCUCUGAGGUUCCCCAUGUUCCAGGCCCUGUGCUGGCUGAUGCUGAGGUUCCCCAAGAUAAGCAGAUCCAGUUCCUUCCAAAGUGGGGUAACAGAGGGAGAGGGGACAGCCAGUACAGAGACACGGUGCAAAGAAGAGCCGGGCAUGUUUGGGGGGAUUGUGGGAGGGGAGUGCGGUGCUCAGGCCGAGGAGGCCAUCAGGGACACAGAGAAGCUGAGGGGCUGGGACUGCAAGCUGGGCGGGAACUACGGGCCCACAGUGUUUGUGCAGCAGGAGGCGAAAAAGAAGGGCUGCGAGCAGGUCCUCUGGCUGUACGGGCCCGACCACCAGCUCACCGAGGUGGGCACCAUGAACAUCUUCGUCUACUGGACCCACGAGGACGGGGUGCUGGAGCUGGUGACCCCGCCGCUGGAGGGUGUCAUCCUGCCGGGAGUCGUGAGGCAGAGCCUGCUGGACCUGGCUCACUCCUGGGGUGAGUUCCGCGUGGUGGAGCGGAAGAUCACCAUGAAGGAGCUUCUGCGGGCGCUAAAGGAGGGGCGGGUCCGGGAAGUCUUCGGCUCGGGCACCGCUUGCCAGGUGUGCCCUGUGCAUCGAGUCCUGUACCAAGGCCAGGACCUCCACAUUCCCACCAUGGACCACGGGCCCGACCUGAUCCUCCGCUUCCAGAAGGAGCUGAAGGCCAUCCAGGUGAGGCGGCCGGUGGCUGGUUCCCCAGAUGCAGCCGGGGCCUAGGACACCUCCUGGGCU